AUGAAAGUCGAGCUGCUAGUGAUUGCGCUCUUAACGCAGCUGAUACUGCAUUGUCUCGCCACGAAGUUUGAUCUACACAACUUCCGUCCGACAGCUCGAGUUGACUUGAGUGAGGUCGUCGAAGCUGCCACAGGAAAUGAUUUAGUCACUCCGAUCAUCUGCGCGAGUACUGCGGCGACUGAGUUUCUGGGUUUCAAGUGCUCGUCCAGCUCAAGCUCCAACUCGAGUUCAAGCUCAAAGCCUACAGCAACGGUGUCUCACACUGCAACGUACGACUUGCACGCAUUAGCAAUUGGGGACUGGGGAGUGGAUCUUGGUCUUGGGUCGUGCUGUAACGUCUAUCGUAAGACGGGAACUGGGAACAAGGAAUACUACAAGGACCAGCAAGCGCAGGUCAAUGUCGCGCACCUACUAACGCUGUCGACCAAGAAACUGCAGCCUAAAGCAAUCCUGGGCCACGGUGACAACUUCUACUGGAAUGGAUUGGGAUCCGACGAUGUAAACUAUCGCUUCUUGAACUCGUUUGAGACCAUGUACUCGGACCCUGCGCUGCUCAAUAUCAAGUGGUUCAAUGUAGCCGGAAACCACGAUAUCGGUGGCUCCAUGUUCAUCUGUGGAAAACGAGACAACCAGUUUGUCGAGUGUUCCGGAAAGACCGACUUACUCAAGCAAUUGGACGAGAAGUUCACGAGGCAGAGUAAGUACGUAAGUCCAAACAACGACCGCUGGCAGAUGCCCGAUCGAUACUAUGUCGAGACUUUGGAAGACCCGGACUCUGAGGUCACUGUCGAUGUCUUCAAUAUCGACACGAACGCAGCAGCUGUUCACGGUGCUCAGCAAACCUGUUGCCAGUGCUACGGCUAUAAAAUGAAGUACGGUGGCAGUCAAAGCUGCUCGAAUGUGGCUCGCGGGGACGAUUUGUGUGCCGGAGGUGACACCGACAUGUUCGACGCCUGCAUGGCUCAGAUCGAGGCGUGGCAAGCUGAUUCUUUGAAACAAUUAGCUCGAGAUGCUGCCAAAUCGACAGCCACGUGGAAAGUGGUGAAUACGCACUACUCGCCUCAUUUCCACAUGGACCCAACAAUGAUGGCAGAAGUGAACAGCAUUCUCAAGAAAAGUGGCAUCCAUCUCUUCAUGAAUGGCCACACCCACGCUGAAAGCCACGAGUUCGGGUCUUUCAACACGCACUUCGUGACGAACGGAGCUGGCGGUGGCAUCCAGAGCGAAAGUAUCGGCGAACCACCUCCGUACGCCAUUGAUAUCAAGCCAAUCUGGCGAGGCGAGAAUGCGCCGUACGGCAUCUUCGAGCUUUCGUUCGCGGCGAACCAGAUGAAGUUGCAGUUCGUGACUUUUGAUGACGACUGGGUCUUUGCUUCGAAUAAAGGCAACACUGUCAAGGGUGGAGCCAAGUUGGGCCACUGCUGGCUUAUUCCCAAGGACGGAUCGCUAGGUGAGGCGUGCUAG